CAGUUCUGCUCAACUUCUUUCCUGUCCACCUGCUGUCUACAUCAACAGUUAAUCGACCACAUCCCCAAAGUCCAUCUGAUGCGCUGCAGGCUUGUCCCAGGCCCUGCCGUUGCCAGGACAUCGCGCCCUGUCUACUGCCGCCCUCAGCGUAUCCUGUAAAACACCUACACAACCAGCAUGUCCGGCAGUAAUACACCCUUGAGGAGCCCUGCUCUCAAGCCCGGCCCGGACGCGCAGUCCGAUUCUGCAAGUGCAUCCGGUGCUCAUGAUCCCAUUAGAAGAGACUACGGCACACUCGGCCAUAACCAGGCUUCGACUGGCCACAGACCUACCAGCUCCCGAAUUGACGAUGGCUCCGACAUGCCUCCCCCUUCACCUCAGAUAGCAAGACCUAGGAAGCCGCCUACAAUGCGAAGGACGUCCACGCGGACGGGAAGAUUACUACCACAUCGCGGCGCACAAUUCUCCGUUGAUGAUGAUCCGUCAGAGGUGGUGGAAGAAGAAGCCAGUGGUGUGCAAGCAGCCCCCAACCUGUCCCGACAGCAGUCGACCCUCCGCCGAAGAACCCUUCCUGCCACACUGCCGCGCGUCGAUUCUGCAGAAGAAGAAGAAGAAGCCGGAGAAAAUAUCCCAGACGAACCAGCCGAAGCGCUGGCCGAAGAGAGUACAAAUGAUGACGAAGCCAACUUAGGAGACGGUGAAGAGGAAGAUCUGAGCGACGCUGAGAGCUUCACCUUGAGAGACCGACAGCUCGCUAUCAACCAAACUCAUCCGUUCGGCAUCAGAAUCUGGAAGCCUGCCCUGUACAAGAAAGGCAGGUCGGUCGAGAAGGCAGCAGAAGAAGACAUUCAUUCCUCGCCCAGUGAGAUUGUUAGUCGUUGGUUAUGGUGUUUCAAUUGCCUCUGGACCGUCUUCUUCGGUUGGUGGUUGGCCAUUUCCGCAGCCAUUGGGGCUCUCGCCUGCUUCAUAUUUGCUUUUGACCCUAGUGCGGCCGCAUAUGGCAGAGUGUUCUUGGGGUUGUCCGGCUAUCUUUUCUGGCCGUUUGGCAAGUUUGUUAAACUCGUGCAAGAUGAGAACUACGUCGAGGAGGACGAAGGUGAGGGUCGAAGCAUCAGUGAAUACGAGCGGUGGCAGAGCGGAGAUCUCGAGUAUGGUCGAUUAAUGUUCGGACCAACCCUCACUCAUACAGGCUCGAUCAUAGGUCGACAUCGCAAUAGUAUCGACUCUGCCAGUGAGACCGACAGCCUCCUUGCGCGGAGCGGGAGAAGCGACCGACAAGAUACCACCAUGUCCAACAAAAAGCGUCGGCUUUUUGGCCGUGGCCAAUGGACCUUGGGCAGAGUCAUAUUCUUCAUCUUUUAUUAUUUCAACGUGGCCCCUCUCAUGCUGUUGGUCUCGGGCAUUUGCUGGUUGAUGGUCUUCUGGAUUCCCAUGGGCCGAGUCACUCUCAUCUUGUUCUCUAACCUACGCAAACGACCGCUCGCGCUCACGUUCCAUCGCGAUGUCUCGGCCGCUAGAAGCUCAACCAAACCAUCGUCGAUACUUCUUUGCACUUACCGCGCGGUCGGCAUCAAAUACUGGAAAUACACGAUCGACGGCACCAACAUCUUCCUUAUCAACUUCUUGGCCGUCGUUGUCUUCGUCAUCUUCGACUACUUUGUGCUGAAGGUGGCCCUGGGGCUGAACUUCUGGCUCACGACUCCGGCACUAAUGUUCACGCUGGCGCUGAUCUCUAUUAUACCUUUGGCUUACUUUAUUGGCCAAGCAGUGGCCUCGAUUUCCGCACAGUCAUCAAUGGGGAUGGGAGCAGCAGUCAAUGCUUUCUUUUCAACCAUUGUCGAAGUAUAUCUAUACUGCAUUGCCCUCAACGAAGGAAAGGCACCUCUGGUGGAAGGCAGCGUCAUUGGCAGUAUCUUCGCUGGUAUCCUGCUCUUGCCUGGCCUCUCAAUGUGCUUUGGUGCCAUCAAACGAAAGACUCAACGUUUCAAUGUCAAGUCUGCCGGCGCCACGUCUACGAUGCUACUGUUUGCAACGAUUGCGGCCUUCGGGCCGACAUUGUUCUACAAGAUCUAUGGCAGCCACGAAUUGAUUUGCAGGGCAUGCACGGCCGAUGAUCUGGAUGACCCCCGGGAUUGCCGGCAAUGUUAUUUCCGCCAACUUCCUGCCAUCGCAGACGAGUUCUAUGUCAAAGCAGUCAGACCAUACUGUUGGCUUGCAGCUAUUUUGCUGUUUUCUUCAUACAUCAUCGGACUGCUUUUCACUCUGAGGACGCAUGCUGCCAUCAUCUGGAGCACUGACACUGACGAGAAGAGACCCGCACCAGGACAGACAGCAGACAUCAGUCCGAUGGAUACUCGACAUCACAGUGUGGUCAACUCACAGAUCCUGCACAACUCCAAUGGGUACGUUCCAAGAACAGCAAUCAGAGACUCUCAACUGUACAAGCGAAUAUUGGGCCAAUCUUUACGCUCGGCUGGGCUUCUAGCUGAUGGUGAUGUACACGCUGAACGUGAUCCGCCAGUGACGCCCAAGACAGCGCCAGAGGUGGAUGGCGUCGACAUCCAGAACAAAGGUGAUCUGCCUCACCUUGUACCGCCCAAAUCCAGCCAUGGAUCAGAAGGCGCUAUGAGUUCCGAAGUAUAUCCAAUUGUACCAGGCUUAUCUGAAGAAGACAACAAUAAUCUGGUCCGGCAGGUCGCCGAGAUGGCGGCUACUGCUGCCACUGUUGCUGCAAGAGACGCAGUGAACCAUCCACGCACUGCAGCGUAUCAAUCAACACAUUCUUACAAAGGAGAUACUGUCAGGAUCCAGAGACCUUCGGCUAGCCGCAAGGGUACCUUCACUGAGCAAGACGCGUUUGCUAACCCUGCUGUUGAGCAAGCUGUUCAUCAGGGCGGAGCUGAAGCUGGCGGCCAUGAUGCGCCGAACUGGAGCCGGACGAAAUCAUCAGUCAUCCUCCUGACGGCUACUGUGGCAUACGCGGUCGUUGCCGAGAUCCUGGUCGAUACGGUGGAUGUCGUUCUUGAAUCUGUCGACAUCGAUGAGAAAUUUCUCGGUAUCACUUUGUUUGCACUGGUGCCCAACACGACAGAGUUUCUGAACGGUAUCUCAUUCGCCAUGAACGGCAAUAUUGCCCUGAGUAUGGAAAUUGGCUCAGCGUAUGCCUUGCAAGUCUGCCUGCUCCAAAUCCCGGCAUUGGUCCUCUUCUCAGCUGUCCAUGGACGAUUCAUUGACCCUGGCGAUCUGAUUGAUCAUACGUUCAACCUCAUCUUUCCCCAAUGGGACAUGGUCACCGUCAUCCUAUGUGUUUUCCUGUUGAGCUACAUGUCAGGGGAGGGCAAGAGCAACUACUUCAAGGGUAGCAUCUUGGUCAUGACCUACAUCGUGGUGGUAAUGGGAUACUAUUUCAGUGGAUUCACUGCGCUCACCAUUAUGGAAGCAAAUGCCUGGCAGCGCGGCGGCGUUGGCACCGUCAGGUCAUCCAGCAAUGGAAACGGGCGCGAGCUGUGAAUAGACGCCCUAGACAGAAGGUGCAAGGUAACCUGGGGCGUUCGAGGUCUAGAACUGGACGAUUUUUCGAUUCAACUCACAGGCAUGGAGCGUGGGCGUUUUGCAGGCGUUUCUGGUGCUUUGCAAGGGUGAGCCUAGGACAUAUUUUGUGACCGUGGCAGGCAUCAUGGCCUUCCUAGCAUACAUUACCAUACACUACCUUACGUGUUAAUGCAUCUUUUGC